AUGCCCAGGGCCAAGCACUUAAUGGCUAGCGGGGAAGAGAGCAUAGCAAUAGGACUAAGAGAAGGCCAAUCCCCUGCUGUUGGAAGGUUUGCGGGAAGAAUUGGACAAGAUGUGAAAGUUACUCUUCGAGAAUGCCUUACUUCAUCCGCAGCAAGAGAAGUUGCUCUUUUCGUCUUAUCCGCUGUUCUCUUAUUCUUAGACUAG